GGCUUUUGCACUCGCCCCGGCUCCUUCCCGCUAUAAAGGCGGCCCGCCGCGCUGCGCUCCACCACGCCUCUUUUGAGCGCCCAGCCACCUCUCUGCAACCGUCUCCGGACUCCAGCUACCGCUUCUUCUCGCCAUGGAUCCCGACUGCUCCUGCGCCACCGGUGGCUCCUGCUCGUGCGCCGGCUCCUGCAAAUGCAAAGCCUGCAGAUGCACCUCCUGCAAGAAGAGCUGCUGCUCCUGCUGCCCCGUGGGCUGUGCCAAGUGUGCCCAGGGCUGCAUCUGCAAAGGGGCAUCGGACAAGUGCAGCUGCUGCGCCUAAUGUCCGGGAGAGCCCGUCCCCGAUGUAAAUAGAGCAACGUGUACAAACCUGCAGGGUUUUUUGGUUUUUUUGGGUUUUUUUGGUAUUUUUUGUUUUGUUUUUGGUACAAACCUGAUCCGUUUGCUACAUUCCUUUUUUUUUCCUAUAAAAUAUGUGAAUUAUAAUAAAAGUUGUUAAAUUUU